UUUUCCCAACACGUGCCAAGAAAAUCCGAAGUUUCUCGUUUGUACCGUUGCAGAACCCCCGCUAAGUGCCAGUGCCACACUGACCUUUGUCCCAGUGGCGAUCAGUCCACGGUAGUCCACAAUUUAAGUGCUUUGUCUGACAGUCAGGCGAGUCUGAGUGGCAAAGCACUAUAUAAACUUGAUUCGGACCCGUACACUGAACAUUAUUCGGAACAUGAGCAGGCUCACCCCACCACUGUCGCUUCUUAGUAAUUUAAGCGCUCUGUCGGCAUCAACCACAACAGAGGAAGAGAACACUGCAUUUGUCACUGAGCAGUUUCUUCCGCGCAGGCAAGAUGCCGUCUUUGGUGAUCCGUUUGUGUUCCAGACGUCAGCAACCAACCAACAUAUCCGCGCGAGGCUCGUUUUGCUCUCACCAUUCCCAUCUGAUGCUGCUCCGUUGGCCAAAUCGGUAGCAUAUCUUUCUAGUCGUUUUGGAUCCAUCAAGGCCGAAGUUUUUCGUACACCCGGCGCGGAGGACCACUUCUUUCGCCUCCAUAUUUUCGCAUGCUCAGCCGGUGUGAAAAUUAUAUUACCCCCCUCAUUCCGGGGUAUCGUGUCUAUCAACGACUACGAAGAUCUACGUCGUAGGAGGCAGAUCCGUUGUGGUCGUGCCUUCAACGAGCGAAUGCGCACGGGUUUCAUCAGGCUUGGAUCCUGUGCGCUUGAAAAUGACGACGAAGUUUUCAUCCAUGCCGAGGGAAAGAUCGAGUUGAUGCUGAGAACGGAGAGUGAUGUCAACGAUAGGGUUUGGUCUCGGAUGGAUCGUGGCAUGCGGAAAAUUUUGCAACGGCGUCUAGGCUCUGGACCGAGCUUUGGGCGCUGGAAGUAGUUUGUGUGAUUGUACUACUAGUAUGGACGCUGUCUGGAUACAGCUAUGUAAAACUGAUCAAGUGUGGGUGGAUGGGUGUUGCGGCCACGUGUUGGCCUGAAGAGCGAGGCACACGGAAUACAUUGUCGAACCGAAGUAGGCAGAAUUGUUCUCGCCUUGGCUAAGAAUCAAGAUUUCAAGCGCGCUUUUUGUUUACGAAUACAAGACUACCCAAAUAAGGUAUAAGGGAAAGGAUCCCGUCGGUGACGUAUAGGUGACCGUCUUCCCAAACCCUUUAAAUAUGCAGAGCCUUGGGAGAGUUCCCCAAGUACUUCGUAUCCUUGUUUUCAUUAUCGAACUAAUUUGCACGCUAUGUCGAUUUAUUCCAAUUGUUCAAUGUCGUCCGACUCAGAGG